AGUCAAUCAUUCUUGUGUCAAUCUUUGGCAGUUAAAUGCAACCGUUUGCAAGUUUUGCCGGUGAUUUCUAAGUGUUCCAUAAAGUUUUCGUGAGUGAAUGUGUGUGUGUUUUUUUAGCUGUUAUUAAUUAUCGGUGCUCUUUCUUGGAUUAAGUGCAUUUGUAAUAAAUUCGUUUGCUGUGCUUCUGCUGCGCUUCGCUUGAUGAGCAAUAAAAAUUGUGUUUAUAAUUUGCACUCUAAUUAUCAUUUCGUGCACGCACACCUAAAUUGUGGAGAAAUUUGAAAAAACAAUUGUGAAAGUGGCAAAAGAAGUAAUAAAGUAAAAAAGAAAAAAGAUAGACCACGAAACAGCAGGGGCAAAGGCGUAUAAACAAGGCAGCGCAAAAACUUCGGUUGCUGCAGUAAUAAAUACAACAAAGAUACUAGUCAACAGCUCUGCUUCACGUACACUGUGAAUUGACGCAACGUGCUGUGCUGUUCGCUGCACAGUUCUUGCUCCUUUUAUUGUCUACUUCGCAAGAAAACCUUGUUGUCAUCGACGCCGUCGUCAACGUCGACGUUAACCGAAUUUCGUUGCAGAAAUUUCAACGCUUCGAAUGUGAAGUUUGGUUUUGUUUUUCCCGUGUUGUUGGGUGCGUUGAAUAAACGCCAGUACGCUGAUAAAUUGCGAUAAUUCUUAGUGGAUAAACCACGUUCUAUUUAACUUCUUUGCAAAGAACAAACAUAUGCAAAUAGAGGAAGUGUAUAAAACAAUUAAAAAAUAUUUCAAAUUCCAAAUUGUUUAUAAGUUGCCGCACAAAUAAGAAGGAAUAAAGAAAAAUAAGCGAAGUUAGCAAUAAACGUAAAAUGUCGGACACAAAAUCGUUUUCGAGUAUUGAAACGCCUGGUUAUGUCGGCUUCGCCAAUCUGCCGAACCAGGUUCAUCGCAAAUCGGUGAAAAAAGGCUUCGAAUUCACAUUGAUGGUAGUUGGCGAGUCGGGACUGGGGAAAUCGACAUUGGUCAAUAGUCUGUUUUUGACGGAUCUAUAUCCGGAGCGGGUGAUAACAGAUGCCAUAGAAAAACAAAAACAAACUGUCAAAUUAGAGGCCUCCACAGUUGAGAUUGAGGAGCGCGGGGUUAAAUUGCGUCUAACAGUUGUGGAUACGCCGGGAUUCGGUGAUGCCAUCGAUAACUCGGAUAGUUUCAGCGCCAUACUAGCAUAUAUUGACGAACAGUAUGAACGUUUCCUACGCGAUGAGAGCGGCCUGAACCGACGCAACAUUGUCGACAAUCGUAUACACUGUUGUUUCUAUUUUAUAUCGCCUUUCGGGCAUGGCCUCAAGCCACUCGAUGUCGAAUUCAUGAAAAAAUUGCACUCAAAAGUAAAUAUUGUGCCUGUGAUCGCGAAAGCUGACUGCCUCACGAAGAAGGAGAUCCUGCGCUUAAAAUGUCGGAUCAUGCAAGAAAUAGAGGAUCAUGGCAUUAAAAUAUAUCCACUGCCCGAUUGUGAUUCCGACGAGGAUGAGGAUUACAAAGAGCAAGUAAAGCAGCUUAAGGAGGCGGUUCCAUUUGCAGUGUGUGGCGCGAAUACACUACUCGAAGUGAAGGGCAAGAAAGUGCGUGGUCGAUUGUAUCCAUGGGGCGUUGUAGAGGUUGAAAAUCCCGAUCACUGUGACUUUAUCAAGUUGCGCACUAUGCUAAUCACUCACAUGCAGGAUCUGCAGGAAGUCACACAAGAAGUACAUUAUGAAAAUUAUCGCUCCGAACGUUUGGCCAAGGGACGUAAGGAAAAUGGCAUGAAAGUAGAGCGUGAUUCCAUGGUGCCAACGCAAAUUGUGGUGAACAGCGUUAUAUCGGAGAAGGAUCGAAUAUUGCAGGAGAAAGAGGCCGAAUUGCGACGCAUGCAGGAGAUGCUGGCACAAAUGCAGGCCAAAAUACAAGCGCGACAAUAGGCCUGGGAAGAACAGAGAAGAGCUGUGCAGGUGUAAGCAUAAAAAACUACAUACAACAACAAUAACUUCAACCGCAGUAACAAUAAUAAUAGUAAUUAAGAACAGACGAAACGACUGCUAACUAAUGGCGGAGACAAAGCAGAUCCCGGCAAAAAAGUGCAUUACUAUUAGUCACAACAACAAAUAUCAAAACACAAGAAGUGGCUUUUCUUUUCAAAAGCCUUGAAAAAACUAUAUGGGCUGCAAUUUCAUUAACUAAUGUUUUCAAAAUUGUUCCCUUUUUUAUUUCGAAAUAUUUUUUUAUUACUAUCUUGAAUUUUGAAACAUUGCACCUAGACGUACUUUUUUCUGUAGUUUCUGUCUUGCUAAAACUAUUUCGUAUUAUUUUAUGAUUAAUAAUAAUAAUGCUUACUUUUAAAAAUAUCAUAUACAUACAUACAUAUACAACCUAUACAUAAUACUUUUUGUAAUUUAUGUUGUUUUCAUGCUGAAAAACAGUAUAUUUUUGUAAUGUUUAAUAUUACGUAUGACAAGUAUAAAUUAAAAUUCUGGACGUGAGGAGAGUAAGCCAACAAACGUAGACUAUUGAAAGGUGACAUAGGUACUUUACAAAAAUACAGGGCGACUAAAAAGUAAAAAAAUAAAUACAACUACGAACACGGUAAAUGUAAAUGUCUUUCAAAUCUUUAUAGAGACUUUGGGCUGCAGUUAUUUGUAUUGUUAAAUAGAAUUCACGUGCUUAUGCCCCACACACACACACCUUGAAGUAUGUUCUAAAUUUUGCUCAUACAUACAUAUAUACCUAAUAUACAUAACUACAUGUAUAUAUGUAUAAGUACUCAAUACAUAAUCGCUAGGUAUCACCACCGUUACAUAAAAAAUAUGCAAUUGCAUACACAUAUGUACAUACAUGUAUGCUUUCGACCCCUUGCAAUCUAACUAUUUGAACUACUUUAUCACAAACACUUGUGCUAUACCAUAUCCGCCCGUUACUUUUAAACACGUAUACAUAUACACCAUACUCCUGGUCAUUGUUGGAAGUUUAAUUAAGCACAGCAUUCCUUUAUUUUGUGCGAGCAGUCACUUGAGUUUUUUGAGAUGCUUAAUUGCCGCUAUUUUGUUGCAUAUAAAACAUAGAAAAAAAUAUUACGAAUAUAUAAAUAAGGAGAUGAAGGAAAAACGCUCAUUAAAUUGCUUAUGGAAAUAUUUUUAUUAACACUAGAAUGACCGAAGCGGUCACUGUUUUCAUACAAAUUUUUCAAGCAUCAAUAGCGUUCUGAAAAUUGUACUUUUUAAUACUUAACUAUUUUUAACUGAAUAAUAAAUUCAUUCAAUACUUUUCUAUGUUACCCGAAUUUUAUAAAAAAUGAAACAAAUAUAAAAUCAUAAGACAUGAAUAAAACAUUGAUAUUUAUUGGUAAUUCCCGAUUUUGAUCUUUCUAGUGUUAAUAACUUGAAAAGGAAAAUGCUUGCGUAAUUCUAAGUAUGCAUACAAUUUGAUGCAUACUAAAAUAUUUUUUAUUUAAAAUUAAUUCCUUUUGAAAAUUAUAUACACAUAUUAUGGCUUAAGCGUUUAUCUUAUCAAACAAAAAUAUAUAUAUUUUAUUUGCUAUUUUCGAUUCUGCAUUUUAAGAAAUACAUAUUGAAAUUUUUGAAUAAAAAAUAAAUUUUCAAAUUCACAAUUUCGUUGUUAUACCACAACACAUUACUAAUAUAAAUUAAAUACCUAUGCGUUCUUCAAUUUAAAAUACAAUUUUUAUUUUUUAAGAAAGUUUUUUUAUAAAUAUAAUAUUUGCUUGGUGCUCUGGCUUUUCUACUUCUUAGAUUUUCCUAUAGACACAUAUGCAUAGAAAUAUAGGUAAUAUACAUACUUAGAUCCGUACAUAUGAACGAUUUAGAAUCAAAACAAUUAAUACAUACAAAAACAAAUGAAUUAAAUGAAAAUUUAAUAUUUUGUAAACUUUAAAUGCUAAUCGCAAUCAAUUAUAAAAGCUGCAUUAAUAAAUAUAUUUAUAUGUAUGUAGUUGUAUGGCAAACAUGAAAUAUAGAAUAUUUAAUUAUAUUUGCGCUAGUAAAAAAAUUUGAAAAUCGACAAUUUGCUGCUGAUUAAUUCAAAUAUCCAAUAAUUACUACUAAACGACACUAGUUAAAGAAUUUCAAUAUUAAAUAAAAAAAGUCAAGUAAAAGUUAAAAAUGCAAACUCAAAACAAUUUACAAACUUAUAGUCUCAGUUGUAUGUAAACGUUGAUGUGCUGUGGUAUAUUUCAAGUCUGUCUGUGCAUUUCAGUAUGCGAAAUCAUUAUAUGCAGCUAUACUACGUAUGCAUUUACACAAAUAAAUGUUUGCACAAACGAUCAACAAAGAUACGUGUAAUUAUAAACAUUUAAGUUAUAUUAUAAUAAAAAAUCUAAAUACAUUUA